CCAAAAGUUCACAAAAUACGUGGAGAUUUACAAGCUGUAUCUUAUAAUCCAUACACACAUUCUUUAUUAUUUGCAAGUGAACAAAUGUCAUUUCUAAAUCUCAAAUUACGUCCAUAUUUACAUGCUGAUGUUGUUGUGUCACAUUAUGAGCCUAUACUUGGUUUAUUAUUUAUUAAAGAAUUUAAACAAAUAAUAUCAUGUACAGAAAAUGGAGUUAUUCGUUUAUGGGAUUUAUUAAGUGGAAGAAAAGUACAUGAAUUUCAAGCACAUAAUGGUCAAGCUAUAACAUCGAUGACAUUAGAUACAACAGAAAGAAGAUUAGUGACUGGUAGUCGAGAUGGAACAUGUUCAAUAUGGAAUGUUCAUAAUGGACAAUUAUUAAAAAUAUUCAAAAAACCUCAUGAUUCACUCGAAAUAACUGCUGUAGCUUUUGUUGUUGUUAAUAAUAAUUGUUCAAUAUUAGCUGUUGGAUGGGAUAAAAAUAUCAAUGUUUUUAAUGACGAUCGAGAACAAAUCAAACAAAUUUGUUAUCCUGAUGAUCAAUUUUGUAAUGGUAAUAAACAAUCAGAUGGUCAUAAAGAAGAUAUUUUAUGUAUUGAUAAAUCACAAGGUGAUCUUAUUGCAACUGGAGAUUAUGGUGGAACAAUUAUUGUUUCAAAUUUAUCAAGUAAAAUGGUUUUUGUGACUUUAAAAGAUAAAAAUCAACGUUCAUUUCAAGAAAAUCCAAAUGAUCGAGCUAUAAGUCGUGUAAAGUUUAUUGAUUCAAGAUUUGGUCGACAUGAUGCAGCUAAUUUAAUUGGUAGUGGACCAUUUGGUGAAGUUCAUUUUUGGAAUAUCUAUAAAAAUGGAGUUUUAAUGGCAAAAUUUCGACCAAAUAAAGAAAGAAUGAGUACAAUUACACAAAUUAAACUUGAUCAUACAUGUCGUACUUUAUUUGUUGCUGAUUCAUUAGGAUUUUUAUUUAUUUAUGAAAUUGAAAGAUAUGCACUUCAUCAAGAAACAAAUCCACCCCGAUGUCUUCGAAAUUGGCGUGGUCAUGUUGAUAGUGUGACUGGACUUCUCUAUAUUGAUCAAACACAAACACUUAUUACUUGUUCACUUGAUUGGACAAUACGUCUUUGGAAUCUUCAUGGACAUUUUAUAGGAACAUUUGGACAAUCUAUUCCAUGGAAUUUGUAUGAUCCAGCAACAUAUCAACAUCCAUUAGUACCACUGGAUGUUUUAACUGAUCCAAAAAGUUUACCAAAAUCUCAACAAACACAAGCAGAAGAAGAAGAAAAAGAAAAGGAAGAGAAAGAAAAAGAGAAAGAGAAAGCUCCCCCAGUAAUUAUGAAUAAACAUGCAGUUAUCGAUGAUGAAACAAUAGCAAAUAAUGUUUCUGAUACAAUUAAUAGACUACGAGAUAGUCAAUCAGGUGGAUUAAUGGGCAAAAGACUUCGAUAUUUUCGUGAGAAACCAGUUGUUCCAAUACGUCGCGAUGGUUCAAGUCAUUAUCAACAUUUGCGUUGUUAUGCGAUUGAUGAUAAUCCACCAUCAACAACGAAUAAUACAGUACAUUUUGCUAAUUCAAUUAAAUCAUGA